AUGGCAUCCUCCGCCGCCGCUAUAUUCGGAAUCACCGCCGCUUCAGAUAGCUGGUCACGCCGAGUUUUCGUAACGACCACCGUCCGGGUGCGAAGCUCUCCCGCCUUCCUGAGAACGAGUAGAGCUAUUAAGACUUACGCUGCGUUGGUCAGUGAGUCGUCUGCUAAGAAGAUUGACGGAAAAGCAAUUGCCAGAGAGAUCACAGAGGAAAUAGCUGCUGAAAUAUCAAAAAUGAAGGAAUCUAGUGGGGUUGUUCCUGGACUGGCCGUUAUUCUUGUCGGAGAGAGGAAGGAUUCUGCAACUUAUGUACGCAACAAGAUAAAAGCCUGUGAAUCAGUUGGGAUUAAGUCAUAUGAAGUUAAGUUAGCUGAAGACUCCUCGGAACAAGAAGUGCUUAAGCAUAUCUCAUGCUUCAAUGAUGAUCCUGCAGUUAACGGUAUCCUGCUUCAGUUGCCUCUACCUUCCCAUAUGAAUAAGCAAAAUAUCUUGAAUGCUAUCUCUAUUGAAAAAGAUGUUGAUGGAUUCAAUCCCCUGAAUAUCGGCCUCCUGGCUAUGAGAGAUAGAGAACCACUGUUUGUUUCGUGUACGCCCAAAGGAUGCAUAGAGUUAUUGCAUAGAUAUGGUAUACCAAUGAAGGGAAAGAGGGUUGUUGUAAUCGGCAGGAGUAAUAUUGUUGGAAUGCCAAUUGCCCUUCUCUUGCAAAGAGAAGAUGCAACUGUUACGGUCGUCCACUCGACGACAAAGAAUCCCGAGGAGAUCACUAGAGAAGCAGACAUUGUAAUCACCGCUGUGGGGCAGCCAAACAUGGUCAGAGGUAGCUGGAUCAAGUCUGGCGCUGUUGUCAUCGACGUCGGAUUCAAUCAUGUUGAGGACACGAGUUGCAGCAGUGGAUAUCGGGUUGUUGGGGACGUAUGUUAUGAGGAGGCUAGCACGAUUGCUUCGGCCAUCACUCCAGUUCCCGGAGGAGUUGGGCCCAUGACUAUAGCAAGCCUUCUCUCCAACACUCUCACGGCAGCUAAACGAGCUUACAAUUUGGAAUGA